AAUUUUUGUCUGUGAUCUUUGAACGCCACUUUGAAAUUUUACGUUACGAAAGUGGUUUGUUUAUUUAUUUUUUAAAAGAAAUAGCAGAAACAGAAUAAUUUAAGCAGUGAUUGAAACACACAAACGAUAAUUUACAUUAAUUAAAUACGCCCUUAAUUAACAAAAUGGGCGAACAAAUGGAAGACCAAGCGAGUGAUGUAGAGAUGAACAACUCUGAACUUGCUUUCGAUAAUCUUACUAUUUUGAAGGAGUUCAGUAACAUUGCAAACCUCGUAAAAAAUGAAGAUUUCCUUGAAACUGUUCCCAAAGCUAAGCUAAAAAGAGUUAAAUGGGUUCCUAUGUUUAAUUGUUUGAAGCAGGGUAUUUUGGAUGAAAUGAUACAGGAAUUGAGUGCUAUGUGGCAGUAUGAAAAUAUGCAAGAGAAAAUCGAGACCCUAGAAAAGCAAAAGGAAAAAUAUGCGGACACUAAUACCGACAAAACUUUAUGGAGGCCACAACUGGGAGAUGUCAAGGCACAACUAAAAGCAAGUGAUGUAGGUAACUUGCAAAAACAGAGAGCCCUACUGGAGUCAUUGGCUAAAGAGUAUGAAAGCAGGGUAAAUAGACUCAAGAAAAUAGUGUCUGCCAAGAGAGGAUACCUCAAGGCUCUCCAACUAGACAUACAGAAAUAUCAAAAGAAGAAUGAAGAUUUUAUCAUGAAAAUCAAUGAAAAAAUCGAAAAUCAUCACAAUUUAACCAAAAUCAUGCUACCAAUUAAACAAGAUGUUGGCGAGAUGAAUUGGAUAGAAAAAGAUUUAGAAAUUGAGAAUUGAUAAUGCACUGCAAGAUUAUUUGAAUAAAAUUUAUAUUUCAGAAAAUUGUACACACCUGAGAAAAAGUACAACGAAAUUUAUUAUAAUUUAAUUAUAUUUUAACUCAAUAUACUGUGAAAGUUAUCUUUACUAGUGUAGAUGAAAAUAGAAUAAAGUUUAUCAAGUGAUAAUAAAGCACAUAAAAAUCUAA